AUGGAUUGGGUUGCCAUUUCUGUUUGUCCAGCCAAGUUCCGGAACCGAAAACUUGGAAACGUCCGUUCCGAACGUGCGGCAGAGGACAAGAGAUCCCCGCUGGCAGGCGUAAUGAUGGAUCUCUGGAUCUCGUGGCUAAGCCAUGGCUUUGACAUGGAACGAAUCGAUAGCAAGACCGAAGUUUGA